UGCACCUAGAUUCUACUGUCCUGCUACCGUUUCUUAGUUUCUUAUCAGUUUUCACUUUCCUCUCAGCCCAAACACAUCUAAAUUUUAACUCUAGCCCAAAGUUUAUAAAUAAAAAACUUUACUUGCCAUAAAUUAUGGGUUGUACACCGGGUGGACCUUGUUGCGGACCUUGCGGCGCUUGUGGACCCUGCCGCGGACCUUGUGGCCCUUGCGGACCCUGCUGUGGACCUUGCGGGCCGUGUUGCGGACCAUGUGGACCGCGCUGCGGACCUUGUGGACCCUGCGGUCCUUGCUGUGGACCUAUGGAAAAACGAAACGGCCUUCAGCGGUGCUGUCCUUUUUAGCUGUGUUUCCGGGAUGUACGUAGCAAUUUGGGCUAGGGCUUAGAUUUAAAAACACCUUUGUAAGAAAUAAAAUGGAAAGCUAACUAUAAAACGGAUUGCUUGAAACAUCUUAA